AGGAACGGAUCCGUAGUAUGUCUCAACGACAAGUCAGAGAUAACUUUAAUUUUCAAGUAACACAACUAAACGACUGGUCAGGCUUUCUCGACCUUCAGUGAAACUUAAAAUUUUUUAUUUUUCCCUAAGGAUUAAUAGAAUCUGGAGGUUUAUCACGAAGGUGAAGUGAUCCUUUAGUUAAGAAAAUAUCCCACAUCGAUUCGUUGCAGCAACUGUCCGGAGAUUUGUCGAUCUACGCAUUGCUCCCUCUGUGACGUAGAAGUAACAACCCAGCCAGCCAGAGAGGGUAGAGACACGGUGUGAGAUACUGGAUUUUACAACGUGAAAAAUGGCAUGGUUAUGCGCUCGUACCGUGCUUCAAACAUGUCGACGGCCGAUUUCCUACAGUCUCACGUGUGCCCAGAAAAAUUUUGCCGACCCGUUGGAUCACGCUACCGGUGUGGACAAGAAGGAGAUGCUCGCCAAAUUAGCCGGCAACGAUGAUCCUUACAACUUGACCAUAAAGCGAAGAGCACACAGCACAAAGGAGACUCCCAACGUAGUGUACAGCUCAUUCGAGAGCCGUAUAAUAGGUUGCAUUUGCGACGAGGAUGCUAUGCACGUUAACUGGAUGUGGCUGCAUCAGGGUGCUCCGCGCCGCUGCGAGUGCGGCCACUGGUUUAAGCUGGUCGAGAAGGCGCCUUUAUAAUAUAUUUAAGGAUGUGAGAUAGUGAUAUUGUUUUCAACAUAGAAUUAACUAUACGUUAGACCGUAA